AUGCCUCCAGACACAAACAGCCUCCGAUCCCAGCUGAACAACGCGUUUCAAAAAUCCUUUUACACUGGGAAGCGAUCAUUUUUACCGAGUGAUGAUCUCGAAAGAAUAAUAAGCGCCCAGAGUGUCAAGCAAUACUGUUCAACGUACGCUGCCACCACACUCAAAGAUGAAACGAGCAAGAUCGUUGAGUACGUGUUUGGAUCCGAAGGCAACCAUCGUGGCCCCGCCCGUCAAGUCUUUGCAAUACUCGUCCUUAUUGAUCGACCGAGCUUGAUCCCGGGGGUUGUCGCUGAGAACAUCCGCGACCAUGACUUACCCCUGGCUCAAUGUUCCGGAACGGGCGCAGAUUUUCAACUGGCGAGGAAGUCCAAGAGCCCGCGCGCGCUCGAAUGCUUCAGUCAGUGGGGAAUGUCUGACAGGAUGUCAUUUGAUGUCAUUCAGUACCAGGUGCACGUGCCGAUCUUCAGACAGUUGGGCCAGCACAAACCAUGUUUCCUUCCAGAGAAGUACGUGGCAAUGGAGCUGGACGACAGAUCAGUACUGCCUUUCACACAUUUUGACAGAGAAAAUCAAAUCACCUCGGGCAGCUCGAAUGUCGUCCGUGUGCAGAUUCAUACUGCACACCACGACUUUAAUAAGCAUCAAAACGAGUAUUUCGCCUUAAAGACACUUGAAGCAGGGAACUCCGAGAACGAGACCCAUUUCCGCCUGGAAGUCACAGCAUUAACGAAGAUCAGAGCGAAACAAAAGCCGCAUUUGGUCGAUGUCCUCACAACUUUCAAGUACGACAACAAGUACCAUUUGUUAUUCAGAUGGGCCUGCGGCGGCAAUCUUUCCAGCCUCUGGGAGGAAGCCCAUGAGAACUUGUCGCGAAACACGGUAUGCUGGAUCGCACAGCAAUGCUGGGGCCUCGCGGACGGUCUGGACGGGAUACACAACGCAAAGCUGUCCAUCCAAGAGGUCGACCAGGUCCAGCAGCCUUCGACAGGGCCGCCAUCACCGACGAAAGGGAAGUCGUGGAUCUCAGCACUCAAAACCAACAAAAAAGACUGCGGGAGACACGGGGACAUCAAGCCACCGAAUAUCCUCUGGUUCAAACAGGACGAGAAUGAUUACGGCAUGGGGGUCUUGAAAAUAUCGGACUUUGGCCUCACCACGUUCCACACAGCCAUGACAACGCAGGCAUCACCCAGGGAUCAAAAUGGCUGCACGUGGACGUAUGCGCCGCCAGAAUAUGACCUCAAAGAAGACAUCUCCAGACCGUUCGACAUCUGGUCUCUCGGCUGCGUGUACCUCGAAUUCAUCACGUGGGCUCUCCGUGGUCCCUCCGGCAUUGAAAGCUUCAGAAAUCAACGGCUCAGUGAGCGAGGUGACAGGCCGAAAAUGAAGUUUGAUACUUUCUAUGCCCUCACGGGGUCUGGAGAAAAUCGUGACUCCAUAGUCAAAGACUGUGUAAAAGCGUGGAUCACAGAUCUGAAGGGACACGCAGAACGUGCCCGUAGUCAAUAUAUGUCUGACUUCCUCGACUACAUUGCAGACAGCAUGAUUGUUGCGGAUAAGUCCAAGCGCGACAGGAGCCAGAUUGUUAAGAAGCGUCUACAGAAACUCCUCCAGGACUGCGAAACCAUGACAUAA